GUCGGCGCGGCUCGCGGCGUCGGACUCGAAUAUGUCCGCCAGCUGGUGCGCACUCGCGAGAACACGCUUGUGUUUGCCUCGUCCGCGAUGCAAGCAGCGCAACCCACUAAACAAGGCCAUCGCGGUCUGAACAACGUCCAUGUCGUGGAGGGCGACGUCACCAAGUACGCGACUCUCGAGAGCUGCGCGACAAAGGUGGCAGAAGUGACCGGGGGAGGCCUUGACGUCCUCAUCCACAACGCCGCGAGAAUGAGUCCGGAAACCAUCUACAAGGGCUUCGACGACUUUUCGUCCAUGGACGAGCUCACUGAAGACUUCGUCGACGCCUACAAGAUCAACGCCCUCGGACUCAUCUUCAGCAUCACCGCCUUCCUCCCCCUCCUCCGCGCCGCGCCCACGAAGAAGGUCGUCGUCAUCGGCUCCGAGGGCGGCACCCCCGCGUUCGUCAAGAACGCGGCGAUCCAGACCAUGUGCGCGUACGGGAUGUCCAAGGGCGCGCAGCACGUCGCCGCGACCAAGUGGCACCUCAAGCUCGCUCCCGAGGGCUUCACCGUCGUCUCGAUCUCCCCGGGCCUCGUCGACGUCACGGGCACGAUGGGCCUGAACGGCAACCUAGUCGAGAAGGUGCGGGUGGAGGCGACCAUCAAGGCGAGCGAGGGGACUGAGGCGCCGAUGACGCUGUGGACGCCGACGGAGUCGGUGUUGAAGCAGCUGGGCGUCAUUGACGGGUUGACCCCGGAGCGGAGUGGGGAGUUCAUCUCUACGGCGGGAUUCGAGACGGCGUGA